ACAAACAUGGCUGUCUCAGUGCUUCGGCUGACAAUUGUCUGGGGACUGCUUGUCUUAAUCCUGACUUGCCAGGCUGAUGACAAACCAGAGGGCAAGCCAGAUGAGCAGCCACAUGACUCAGGCAAUAAUUCAGAGCCAGAGUUCCCAAAAUUCCUAAACCUUUUGGGCUCGGAGAUUAUUGAGAAUGCGGUGGACUUCAUCCUCCGCUCCUUGAGGAGGAGCACGUAAGCACUGAGGCAAACCUUGCUUUUGUCCAGUUGGCUGUUGGUAAUGACCACAUUGUAU